AUGUCUCGCUCUCGUCUUCCCCCAACUCCCUCCAUGUCUGGAGAGUUCAUCGUCAAAGACCAACCCGCAUUCGAGGGUACAGAUGUCUUUGCUCUACCCCCCGCUGCCUUCGACACGACUGGUGCCAACAAAAGAUCCUCCAAAACCGCUGCUGCAGACCACCUUCCUGCAUCUCCAGCCGCGUCCCCUGAGUUCAUGGCUCUGGGACGGAGCACCAACACUCGUCAACAAACUUCUGGCACCAAGCGUCCCCUGGAGGACUUUGACUUGCCUCCGCCCCCGACUCGCACGCGCAAGAUCAUCCAGAUGAAGCCCAAGACGCAGCAGAGUCCGUCGACGAAGUCGGGGCAGGCUAGCGGUGGGAAAGCAGCCAAGGACUCGGGCAAGACGGCGUCAUCGAGUGACGCAAAUGCAAAUGCUGCUGUUGCACCAGCCAGUGGCAACAAGAAGAAACAGCCUACUGCGACUAGUGCGGCUGGACGGAAGAUUGCAAGGAAGACGGCUCAUAGCUUGAUUGAACGGAGACGAAGGUCGAAGAUGAAUGAGGAGUUUACGACGUUGAAGGAUAUGAUUCCUGCUUGUACGGGUCAGGAGAUGCAUAAGCUUGCUAUCUUGCAGGCAAGCAUCGACUAUGUCAACUACCUGGAACAAUGCAUCAAAGAUCUCAAGACUGCCGGAGGAGUGGCACCUUCGCGUCUCCCCCCAGGUCCGCCCUCAUCAACAUCCCCCGAAUUCCUCGCAGAAAUGGCCGGCAGCGAACGCUCCGCCUCAGCGUCACCAGAGUUCCUCCCAGAAAACACACAAAUCCCUGACACUUCGCCUUCGUUCUCACCUCGCACCUGCAUUCCCUCCACAUAUGAGUUUGCACCGAGCAUUCUCCCCAGCCCUGCUUUGGGACCGUCUCACCCAGAACACCACCCAUCAUGGUCUGCCUCGACCAACACCUCUCCAGCACUCCAGCCACGGCAGAACAAUGCAGAUGUUGACCACGAGGCUUCCGCGGCUUUGUUGAUGCUGAAUCAGGAUCGUCGCGGGACGUUGGAUUCGAUUAUAGAUAAGGUCACUGAUGCUAGCUUGGAGUCUCGUAACCAUGAAAGACAAGAGACUGGUAAACGAAUGGGUAUGAGUGUCAGGGACCUGUUGAUUUCAUAA